CACUCAUACCUCACACAAUUCCGCCACCAUUCCCCACCGCCGCCGCCGCCGCCACACACGCACACACCCACCACCUUCUUAUAUGGCCAAGCCCUCCUCCCCUCACAAAUCCGCCGCCCACAACACGGAUUCCCGCUACAAAGGCGUCCGCCGCCGGAAAUGGGGCAAAUUCGUCUCUGAAAUUCGUCUCCCCAAUAGCCGCGAACGGAUCUGGUUAGGCUCCUAUGAUUCCGCCGAAAAGGCGGCGCGUGCUUUCGACGCCGCCCUUUUUUGUCUACGUGGCAGCUCCGCUCGCUUCAAUUUCCCUAAUAACCCACCGGAUAUUCCCGGUGCUACUCUGCUUUCCCGAGCGGAGAUUCAAACCGUCGCCGCCCAAUUCGCCAACUCCGACCCAUCUCCCUCAACGGAAUAUUCCCAACCCAUCGUCGAUUCGCCGUCGCCGUCGGUAGCUUCGGAAUUAACAACCGCCGUAACAGAGUGUGAUGAAAUAUCGUCGUUUUUGGAUUUUCACGCCAACAUGGGAUUGGGACCGGAGAAUUACGGGUCGGAAUUCGGGUCUUUUCUGCCCGAGUAUAACCCGUUUCUAGAUGAAAUAUUCAAUUCUUCUACAGCUCCUUGUUUUGAUUAUGGAGAUGAGAAUUUUGACGCCAUGACCACUCAUCAGGAUUCGUUUCUGUGGAAUUUCUGAAGAACAAAACAGAGUUCUGAGGGUUUUUAGUUUCAGAACUUUGGGUUUUUGGCGGCUCCGACCUCUUAAAAUUUAGUAGCUUUCCAGAUGUUUCUUGUCGGAAGAUUGAUGGACCCAACAUUUUUUAGCUCGGCCAUUGAUUCUUCUAUCCACAUUGUUCCAAAUGUGUAAACAAUUGUAGUGGUAAAUGGUAAUUAUUGUUUGUAAAAAAAAAAAAUUAUGUUCUUUUUAGUAAAAAGGAUUUGAAUUAUUGGUAAAAAAA